GUUUGCGUAGGAAGCAAGACACGCGACGGGUCUCGAGUGCCGUGAGAUGGGUGAAUUCUAGAUGAUAGUGCCUUCGAAUAGUUGUGCGGCUGCUCUCUGCGCGAUUUAUUUAUGUGUCAUAAAAUUAAACGGCAAUUAUGCGAUAAGCCGCUACUAAUAAAUAAGUAAUUGUGAAUUUCUGUAUGCCAUUUCCGAGUUUCCCUGCAACGCCGAAGAUCGAACGUUUCGGGCCUCUUUUUUCCUUUUAUUUUACACUUCACUUCGAGGAUACGAAAAUAGCCGCCGUGAAAAAUGUUUGCUUGUCGCUGAGCAGGAAAGUGGCAAAUGUGUCUGAAACAAAAAUAAAAUUAAAUAGCGCAAAAAUGUUGAAGUAGCAAAGUUACAAAAAGUCUGCAGGAAAAUAGAGCAAUAUAAAGUGAAAGAUUCGCAAGAGCAAAUGCGUAAAAAAGUGUACAAAAAUUCAAGCGGAAAUCGUUAAUGAUUUGAAAAAGAAAUAAUAUAAAAAAAAGAACAAUCAGUGAAGUGCAAAUAAAAAGAUUAUGAAUGAAAAUACCAAGAAAUAAGUGCUUGCUUCUCAAGGGGUUUUAAUAAAAGAUCAGAAAAAAAAUUCAAUAAUAAAGGAAGAGAUCCAAGUUCAAAGUCGAGCGGGGUAAAAUGUAUCUUUAGUGCUCUUUGUGCGUACUUAGUUGGUUUUAAUAUGCAAAUCGGAAAUUAUAUUAAAUGGCCAUUGGGCCUGGUCCUCAUCCUGUUGGCCAUCCACUGCCAGGCUAAGAAAAAUCGAAAACGACUGCACGGAUUCUCGAGUGCCAAGGACCUUCAGGAAUAUCGACUCCCGCUCAACGACAGCUCCUUGGAGCUCCAGCAGAACAUCGUGUCCUGGACAGGAGCUCGCAUUGUGCCCGGCGAGAACAAGAAGAAGAAGUCAUCCCAAUCAUCGCGAAGGCACAAAACUAAAAGUGGCCUGAUCAUUGAAAGUAACAUUGCCGACUCGGAUUCGAUGUUGGCUAAUGCCUCCUCGGAAUCCGUCACCAAGAAGAAGUCGCCGCAGCGUCGUCGCAACGGAAAAUUGCAGAAAUCAGGAGGAGGUGGAGGAGGAGCCCUUCGAUUGCUUAAAACGGACGACUUGUACUCAUCUAGCAACUCCGGAGGCCUUUAUCCACCGCUUUUCAAUGUGGUUCCCCGGGCUGAGAUCUCGGUGAAUGCGACAUGUGGCCAGAAUGGAGCCGAGACGUACUGCAAACAGGUCGGUGCCAAGCCGUGUGGAAUCUGCAAUGCCCACUCCUCGGAUCAGGCCAAGCAGCGCUCCAUUCAGUCGCUGGUUUCAACGGGCUCCGGAUUUGAGGAAGGCUGGUGGCAAUCACCAACGCUCCAGGGUGGCCGGCAGUUUGAGUAUGUGACCAUCUUGUUGGAUCUGAAGCAGACCUAUCAAAUCUUCUCCGUGUGGUUAAAAUCGGCCAACUCGCCUCGACCAGCCUCUUGGAUCCUCGAAAAGUCCCUGGAUGGCAUUAACUUUGAGGCGUGGCAGUACUUUGGCCUGAGCGAUGCGGACUGCCAGCGACGAUGGAGCCUGUCCGGACAGAAUGGCAAAUACCUGUUCCAGAACGACACCGAGGUCAUCUGCUCCACUCAGUUUUCCAAGCCAGGUCCUCUGGAGAACGGCGUGUUGCAUGCGUCGCUGCUGAAGAAUCGACCCGGAGCCACGGACCAGAGUCCAGAGCUAAUGCAGUUCAUAACGACGCGGUAUAUCAGGAUUCGUCUGCAGGGCAUGCAUUCCACUGCCAAUUUAGACAACAGUUUGGACUGGCUUCUGGACUCCCAAUCGCUAGAAAAGCACAGCUUCUACUCUCUGUCCCAGUUGAAAGUCAGUGCCCGCCUGGAUUGCCAUGGCCAUGCAAAUCGCUCCCAAGAUUCGCCGGGAGAGCCCCUGCUGCAGUGCAUCUGCCAGCACAAUACAUGCGGUGGUCAGUGCGAGCAGUGCUGCCCGCUCUUCCAGGAUCGGCCUUAUCGAUCGGACGGAGGAGAGUGUGAAAUCUGCCAGUGCUAUGGUCAUGCGGAGAGCUGCUCCUAUGACUCCUUCCUGGACAAGGGCAUCUGCCAGAGCUGCUCGAAUCACACGGCCGGCAAUGAGUGCGAGUUCUGCGAGAGUGGUUUCUACAGGGAGCUGGAUGCACCACUGACCGAUCCCUGUCUGCCCUGCUCCUGUAAUCCUGUCCGCUCCACGGGAAACUGCCAACCGGAUGGAGGAAGCUGUGAUUGCCUGGAGGGAUUCCAGGGCAGAAACUGUGAGGAGUGUGCUCCGGGCUACUAUGGAGACGAGUGCAAGCGUUGCGAGUGCGACGAAAGGGGAAGCCUGCCCUCCGAGGGAUCCUGCUCGGGAACAUGUCGAUGCAAGCUCAAUGUGGAUGGAAGGACCUGCUCCGAGUGCGCACCGGGAUAUUAUGAUCUGAACGAAGAGAAUAGAGAGGGUUGCACCAGCUGCUGGUGCUCGGGUGUCUCACAAACUUGUCACAGUGCCAAGCUACAGACUUUGGCCUUCGAGACCCUUAACGAUUGGAAGUUAACCGAUAUACAGAGAGUAAAACCCAUUUCAAUACCCGUCGAUGCCGAGGAGAACCGAUUGAUCUUUGCAAACGAACUGGAUGAAGUGGAGGCCAUCUAUUGGCAGGCUCCAUUGGGCUACUUGGGAAACCGUUUGACCAGCUAUGGAGCGAGGCUGCAACUGCUCUUGUCGUGGGUGGUGAUGAGGGGCGACACCUCGGGAAAGCCCACCACGGGACCCAAUGUCAUCCUGUUCGGGAAAAACGGCCUGAAGAUAGCCUUUGCCGAUGAAUCCCUGGAGGGAUUGGGGAUCAGCUUGAACGUAACCCUCACUGAAGAGGGCUGGUAUCAUGUGCCACCUGCUGUGAAGGAUAUAAAAACGCGACUCAGACGCACAGAGGGCGGUGACUAUCACGGCGAAUCCGUGACUCGAUCGCAAUUCCUCUCUGUUCUGGUUUCACUCGAUGCUGUCCUUAUCAGAGCUGCCUUCCACACCGACCAGGUGGAAACCUCGCUGGAGCGGGCUGUUAUCUAUUCGGGUGGCGUGGAGUUGGGCGGGAAGUCCUCCAGCCAAGUGGAGCAAUGCCUCUGCCCAGCCGGCUAUACAGGUCUCUCCUGCGAGGGCUGCGCCUUUGGCUACAAGCGAAUCUACGAGAACACCUCGGACCACCAGGUCUUGAGCAAGUGCAUCCCUUGUCCCUGCAACGGACACUCGAAUUCCUGUGAUCUGCAGAGCGGAAAUUGCGGCGACUGUAUGCACAACACCUUCGGAGAUCGUUGCGAGCGUUGCCAGUUGGGUUAUUACGGGAAUCCCCUGCAGGGAACGCCCCACGACUGCAAGCGGUGCGCCUGUCCCUUGUCCGAUGACUCCAACAACUUCUCACCCAGCUGCCAACUGAAGAGCUAUAAUUACAUGGACCUUAACCCGCAGUUUGAGCUCAUCGAGCACGCGGAAUACAUUUGCACACAGUGCCCGGAGGGAUAUACUGGUGAUCAUUGCCAGGUUUGCGACGAUGGCUACUUCGGGAAUCCACGCCAGCUGGGGAGCAGCUGCCAACGCUGCGACUGCGCCGGAGGACCUUGCAACGUGACCACCGGCGAGUGCAUCACCUGUCGCGGCAACACCGAGGGCUGGCACUGCGAGCGCUGCAAACUGGGCUACUGGGGCGAUCCGGCCGUCGGCUGUGAUCCCUGCCACUGCCAUCCGGAAGGAUCGGAAAGUGGGCUUUGCGACAGCACCGAUGGCCAGUGCCUGUGUAAACCACGAUACGCCGGACAGAAGUGCGACGAGUGCGAUGUGGGCUUCGCCAACGUGGAGUUGCGCUGCCCCUCCUGCAGUUGCGAUCCCCUGGGCUCCCUAAUCCCGGACAGGUGUGAUCCCCGCACGGGACAAUGCCGUUGCAAGGAGGGCGUGAUGGGAGCCAAGUGCCACGAGUGCCAGGAUGGUUACUUCGGCAUGAAUGCUGUGGUCAAUCGCUUAGAUGACCUAGCUGACUUGCGUCCAAACUCUGAUGAUGACGAUGACGACGACUGGGAAUUGGUUGCAGAGAACGAGGAUCCCAGCGGCGACUCCACGGUGGCCUGCGAGGAAUGCCACUGCAGUAGUGUGGGAUCCUUAUCUUCGGAUUGUGAUAAGCGAUCAGGACAAUGCGCCUGUCUGGCCAAUGUGACCGGAAGGAGAUGCGACAAGUGCCGCCCGGGUCACUGGAACCUUACCCAGGGUGAGGGAUGUCGGGACUGUCGUUGCGAUCCGCACGGGUCGCGUGGUCACGAGUGCAACCCGUGGACGGGCCAGUGCGACUGCAAGAUCGGGGUCGGAGGUCAGCACUGCAACGAGUGCACCGAGGGCUUCUUCGGCUUCAGCACCGAGGGCUGCCAGCGCUGCACGGCCUGCAGGUCGGAGGGUCAGGUGUGCGAUCCGCACAAUGGCCGCUGCAUCUGUCCGAAGUUCACCCGUGGCCUGGCAUGUGGACAGUGUGUUCCGGGCACAUGGGGCUGGCAGGCUCGCCUGGGUUGCCGGGAAUGCCAGUGCGAUCACAUUGGCUCCAUUGGCCAGCAGUGUGCCACCGCCGAUGGACAGUGCCAGUGCCGUGAGGGAUAUUCGGGAAGGAACUGCGACACCUGCGCCAUUGGCUACUUUGGCUAUCCGGAGUGCCGUCGAUGCGGCUGCGAUCCGGAGGGUUCCUUCACCCAGUCAGAUGGCUCCAUUGCCUGCGACUCGAAUGGCCAGUGCCCUUGCAAAUCCCUCGUGGUGGGUCUCAAAUGCGACACCUGCAUGCAAAGUACUUUCGGAUUGUCCGCACAAAAUCCCGAGGGCUGCACCCGCUGCUUCUGCUUUGGUCGAUCCGGUGAGUGCGAGCAGAGCGAUCUGUCCUGGGGCCACAUCCGCAUGGCUGAGGCUAGGAAUCUCAGCAUCCAGCAGAUUAGACCCCAGAACGUACCCAGUGCGGACUACGAGUACAUUGUGGUGGUCCAGAUGGAGGGCAGCAGCUUUCAUCGCGAGGAUGCCGAGAUCCAGCGCAUGAAUGAUCUGAGCUUAGUGCCCAAAUCCACCGGGAACGUCUCCAUCGGAGCAUAUGGACAGUUCUACCACCCGCUGUAUUUCCAACUGCCCCCGCAGUUCUACGGAGAUCGGACCACCAGCUAUGGUGGCUUCCUGUACUUCACGCUGAUCACCGAGGGUGCCCACAAGCCCUUGGAGCGAAAUGUUCUGGGUCAGUACCCACUGGUGCAGUUGCAUGCCCACUCCAAGUUGCUGCUAGACUUUUACGAGUACGAGGAGUACGAGUACUCCUUGAACGUUACCCAUCGCGUACCGCUGCAUGAGUCCUUCUGGAAGUACCACCACACAAGUCAGGCUGUGGAUCGAAAUACCCUAAUGGCCGCCCUCCAGAACAUUCGCCACAUAUUCAUCCGAGCCUUCGCGUUUGCCGAUUUCCAGGAAGUUGUCCUCCAGAAUGUGCACAUGGAUGCGGCUAUCUAUAUUAAGGGUUCUACCAAUCUCAUAGCCAAAGGUGUUGAGCGUUGUAGAUGUCCGAAGCGUUUUGAUGGUUUGUCUUGCCAGGAUCCGGGAAGAUCAUUCUACCGUUGGCGCAAUACCACCGUUGUGGAGAGUGUGUUCAUUGAGGAUCUGAUAGGAAGAUCAGCUCCCUGUCAUUGCAAUGGCCGCAGCAACGAUUGUGACCGGGAAACUGGAGUCUGUCAGAACUGUCGUGGCAACAGCGGAGGAGAUCACUGUCAUCAAUGUGCUGAGGGCUUCUACGGCGAUCCUAACUCGCACCACGGCUGCCAGGCUUGUCCUUGUCCGGAGACGAACCGAAACUUCGCCCGAGGAUGCAAUGUUUGGGACGGAGAAGUCAGUUGUGUCUGCAAACAGGGUUACACAGGACGAUUGUGUGAACGGUGCCAGCCGGGAUAUUUCGGGGAUCCCAUGAGGUAUCCCAACAGUACUUGCCAGCCAUGCAACUGCCAUCCGGAUGGCAUCCGAGCACAGGGUUGCGAUAUGGAGACGGGACGAUGCUUCUGCCGCGAGGGAGUCACCGGACUGAAGUGCAACAAGUGUCAGGCGGAACGACACCAUCUGGUGGAUAACGGAUGCAAGAUUUGCGACAAUUGCACUCUGCUGCUCCUGGACUAUGUGGAAUUGGUUGGUCACAAGCUGCGGCGUGGAAUGCACAACAUGGAUUUGACGGGUAUUCCAGCACCAUACCGCAAAUUGUCAGAGUACGAAGAUGCCUAUGAUGAGUGGAAUCGACGCCACUGGGACUUUAGCCAGACCAAACGACGUCUUCAGAAUUACGACACCGCUGACAUCCUCAAGCUCGAGGCCCACGCCGAAAAUCUUAAGUUUCAAACUCGCAAGGCAGUGGCCACCAUAGGGAAGAGGGAAUUCUCCCUCAAAUCGAUGACGGAUGAUGCGGUGGUCCAACAGAACGGUGUGAGCUUGGUCCGAGCGGAGAUCCUUCAAACCAUCUCGGAUUUGCGUGGCUAUGGGAAGAGUGCUCGCCAUCUGAGCCUUCCAACGGCUCUGAAACAAGCUCGUUUCUACCUGCAGGCGAUUCGGGAGCACGACCAACUGGUGCAGGGAAUCCGCAGUACCAACGGCUGCGCCUGGCGGAACUUCUACGCCAUGGGCAAUGCCUCGGAUGCGGCCUUCGACGAGAGUGGCCGCCUGGAGAUGCUCUGGCGGGAUCUGAACCAGACCAACCAUCGAGUGGUGGACAUGCGGCUGCAGGUGGACCGCAUUGAGGAGGUGGAGAGCGAAGCAGAGGACGUCCUGGAGCAUGUACGCAACCUAAAUGUUUAUGUGGGUGAAUCUCACCAGGAGCUAAAUGAUCUUAACCAGCGGAUUUCUGAACACCUUGAUCCCGGCUAUCUGGAGCAGGGUGAGGGCUUAUUGAGGUUGACACUGCAGCGGCAAAUGAUGCUCAAUGGACAACUUAACCAGUUGGAUAGCUCGCGAGUUCUACUCAAUGCCACGCUGGACGUAAAGUCUGAGCAGCAGCGGGAGGUUCGCAAGCAUUGGCUGCCCAAGGCGGAGAAGCAAGCGAAUCACCUGCUGGCACGAUCCAACGAUUACGCCCGCCAGUUCCAGCCCACCAGGAAUGGUGCCCGGAUUGCCAUGCUGGCCAGUUCGGCCCACAGCAAUAUAACCAAGGCCAUAAACGAUGCGCGGCAAGCUUCGAUCCUGGCCAAGGAGCGGGUGUACGAGGCCCAAAGGACCCUCUAUCCCAACGACGGCAGCUCAAUGAUCGAUCGAGCUAAGCACUCGCUGCACAGAUCACGACAACUCCAGCAAGAAGCCCUUAAACAGAUGCACAAAUCAAAUGUGCUGAAGGACAAACUUCAUCGGCAGGAGCAGCAGGUGGAGGGCAUUAAGGCCACCAUCUUUGACUCCGGACGGCGCAUUAACAACAUAACCGGACAUCUGCAAGGCCUCUCGGAGGGAUCAGCCCGCCGGCAGGCCAAGGAGAGUCUAGAUUUGGCCGAAAGAACGGGUGAGGAAAUGCAAGCAGAACUACGAAUAGCCAAGGAGAUGCAGGAAUCCAUUCAGAACAUGCGCAAAUCGUUCUCCAACCUGGAACCCGACUGGGAAAUCAAACUAGGCAUGGCCCAAGAGAACAUAUCCCUGACCCAGACCAACGUGCGGCUGGCCAACGUCUCUUUGAGCUAUCUGGAGCAGCAGGCCGAAAAAGAGCAACAGGUGUUCGAGGACUGGAACAACACCAUGGCCCAGCAGCUGCAGCAGCUCAGGGAUCAGAUUGCCAAGUCCAGACAUGCGGCAGAAGCGAUCGAUGUCUCCCUGGAGUCCCUGGGUCCGAAAUGCAGUCGAUCUUACCUACCGGCCUCGUAUGGUUUGAGUACCUCGAAUAAGCUCCGUAUGAGCUUUGCUUUAUCCAAUCAUCUCGAGAGUUCGCCUCUGAUUCACUUGGAAAGCAGCGAGGGGCGUCACAUCACGCUGGAGCUUCACAAGCGUCGAGUACGCCUGGUGUGGAAUCUUGGUGGCACCACCGCCACCGUGACGCAUCCCAUGGUGGUGCAGACACGGGAUCCCAAGUACGAUGAUGCCUGGUACCAUGUGGAGGCCAAUAGGACACUCAAUCUGGGCAGUUUGAUGGUGCGUCGAAUGAACAACUACGGUGAGCUAACACCCGCCAAUCCUGUAACCAUCACGGGAUCCACGGAUACGGAACACACACGUUUCUAUCAGUCACGAAGCGAUCGGAUAUCGCUGGGCGGUUUUGCAUCAAAGGAUCUGCAAUUCACUCCGGGACUCAAUGUGGUGGUGCACCAGGUGGAGGUGGACAAUAAGCCUCUGGGUCUGUGGAACUUUGUGAAGAGCGAGGGCAGCUGCGGCGGAUCCAUGGUUGGAGCCAAGGAGUCCUCCGCCUCAUCCACUGCUCGUCACUUCAAUGGAUUGGGCUAUGCCCAGCUGAUGAAGACCCGUCCGCGACCCACUCGCAAAAAUCUUUUCUCUGUGCAGAUAACCUUCCGUACGCUGGAUGAGAAUGCCUUGCUUUUCUUAGCGGUUGAUGACAAAAACAACCGCUCGGUGUCGGUAACUUUGAGCCGAGGUCGGAUCAUGUUCCGCAUCGACUAUGGCGACGAGUCCAAGUUGGAAAUCAACACCACCAAGAAGUACAAUGUGGGCCAGUGGAUCAAGAUCGAGGCUGCGCGCGAGUUCUCUGCCAAGCGUAGUACUGAAAAUGGAAUGCUGCGGGUAAACAAUGAUCGUCCCAUUUCCGGAGCACCCACACUACCCGUAAACAUUCACUUGCUGCCGGAUCUUUCCAAGGCGGUCUACUAUUUGGGAGGUGUACCACCAGGUUUCACUUCGGGUACCAGCAAAGCCCCUGGAGCUGAUAAUCCCUUCCUGGGAUGCAUGAAGGAUGUCCAGGUGAAUGGUGAGACCUACGAUCCCCUGGAAAGUUCCAGCUUUUAUGGGGUGGAGCCUUCCUGCAAGGACAUGAUCACCAAGGCUGGUUUCUCAGGCAAUGGUUAUUUGGAGCUACCAUCGCAGUCGCUCCGAAAGCGGUCCAAUACCGCUUUGGUGUUCCGUACCCUUCAGCCCGAUUGCCUUCUACUCCUGGCCGCCUAUCCCCCUGAGAUCCUGGCCGACUACGAUGCGAAGGACAUUAAGGGCAACUUCUCGAUCAGCCUGGUGGAUGGCCAGCUGCAUGUUUGGGUCAACUCCGGUCGCAGCUUCAUUAAGAUGUCUUCGAACUCCAGUCAGUUUAAUGAUGGCGAGUUCCAUGUGGUAAAUGUGAUCAAGACGGGUCGCAAACUGGAGCUGAUGGUGGACGAUGAGCUGCAGGAGACUCGCAGCUUGAACGGUAAUCCCACGGUGGUUAGUCUGCCUAGGGACACAGGUGGCCUUUAUAUAGGAGGAGCACCGCCCCACGAGAGCUACACGCCUUUGGCGCCAACCUUUGUUAAUCUGGAGGGAGCCAUCCGCGAUGUGGUGUUCAACAACCGAACAAUGAACUUUAACGACGCCUUGACCUUCGCCAAUGUUCAGAUCGGACGCAAUGGUCCUCUAAUGGGCAGUCUCAAAGGAGGACUCUACGAUGUCCUGCUCAAAACGGAACCUAUGAUUGGAAAGAGUUUCACAGCCUCGCCUGAGGGCUGCAAGCGGAUCGGCAGUUACUCCUACGAGCCGAACGCCUUUAAAUUCGGAGACGAUAUCUACAGCUAUUCCCAGCUGAAGCUGCCGGAGCGUCACUUCUGGCAACGCAACUUCCAUCUGAGCUUCGACUUCCGCUCCUUCUAUCCGAAUGGCAUGCUUUAUCUAUCCCCGGGAAGCAAGGAGAAACCCAAGCACUAUGUGGCCCUCAUCCUAAAGGACGGACAACUAGUUCUUGUGGUGAGAGGUCGUCGUCGCGAGGAACUCCAGUUGACCGCCAAGUUGAACGAUGGGGAAUGGCACCGGGUGACGAUUAAUUGCCAGGAUCGCAAGGUCACCAUGUCCGUCGAAAUCGGGCGUACCGACCAGAAGACAUCCGCCCAAAUGAAGCUGCCCAAGAAGAUCGGUGCCUCCCAGUUGCUCCUGGUUGGCGGCUUGCCCCAGUCACCGGUGAAGGUCUCCUCGGAUCUGUAUGUCCGCCUGGAGCCAUUCAAGGGCUGCCUCCGCCGGGUCAGCAUAAACAACAACACCCAGGAUCUGGCCCGACCCGGCAAACACUCCAAUGUGGGUCAGUGCUUCCCAACGGUCGAGAGGGGCAGCUACUUCCCCGGCGAUGCCUAUGCCAUUUACAAGAAAAACUUUAAUGUGGGCAAGUACCUUGAUCUGGAAACGGAGUUUAGAACUUCGGAACUAUCGGGAAUUCUGCUGAGUGUUUCCGAUCCAAACGGAUUCCCUGCCCUUUCGUUGGAACUGCAUAAUGGCAAUAUAAUAUUCUCCUGCGAUCUUGGCAACGGAGCUCCCCUACGAGUGGAAUCGUCACUGCCCACAAAAUAUGCCUUGUGUGACAACAAAUGGCACAAUAUUUCGGCCCUCUAUGACGGUGAACAGAUUGUAUUGCGCAUCGAUCAGUUGCCAGCCGUGAUCAGUGUGGGAAACCAGCGAAAUGCAGGAAAGAUGCAAACCCGGUCUCCACUUUACAUAGGCGGUCUGCCAGAAACUGCUCCGAGUGGGUCACUGAUGUCGCGGGAGAACUUCAAGGGCUGCAUCCGGCACGUGUCCAUCCGGAACGAGAGGCGUGACUGGAUCGACAUGGAGGAUCUGAGGAACGUGCUCCUCAGCGAGUGCCUCGUGUCCAGUGAUGACAGCUAAGGAUGACUGUCCGACUUCCGGUUCCGCUUUCCGGGCGCUUCUGGUUCCUGUUGAUGCCACACCAAAACUUUUUCCAAAUGUAUUGUGAUCAAUAACGAGUUUAGAGCCAGUUAUUUAUAGCCCUUCACUGCCAUAUAAGUUAGAUUACUAUAGCAUUAGAUUUGAAUAUUUGUAUAUUUGACUACAAAGUUUAUUGCCAGUGACUGCAUUUUGUACUUCGCAAUCUGAUUCAUAAUUUAUUUCGCCUAUUUAUAGAGUUUAUUAUUUUGUCCAUUAUUUAUUUUAUGUUAUAAAGAGGCUUUAAGUUUGUAUUUCAUUUUGCAUACAACUUACUAAAAAUUUGUUUUACGAAUCUCCUGUUUGUACAGUGCGCAACGAAAAUUUACUUAAGUAGCAAUAACUUCCAUUAUUUUCAUUUGUAAAUAGAAAUGCCAUUUAGUUUGUAUUCAUCAUAGCACAUACAUACAUGUAUUAUUCCCAUCUUAAUAAAUUAAAUAAAAAC